AUGUUCGUGAGAUCUCCAAUCUUUUCGCUGGCUUUUGGUGCGUUUGCCAAACUUUAUGAAGAUGAGGCUUGUCUGGCGAACCACAAGGCGUUUGUAUGGUCCAAGUUAUCAGAGUUCUGUAUCACGUUGCACACCUCCCGGAAAAAUGUGUGCAACCUACUAAGCCGUGCAGAUGUGGCCGGUACCAAUCGUCUAACCGCAGCUUUAUCUUGUACUAUUUGCAAAGCUCCAUACUUUCACCCAAUCGUUCUCUUUUGUGGUCACUCUUUCUGUCGGAAAUGUGUGGAUGCGCGAUUAAGUUGCCAAUGUUGUUCUGCAUCGACCACAUCCGGUGAACUUAGUGACUGCAUCCUACUGACCAAAACAAUUCGGCACUUUUUCCCGAAUGUGGCCUCCCUGUACCAACGAGUCGACGAAUUGUGCACACUGACAGCCCGGGGGCAUUAUACAGAAGCGCUGACUGCCGUAGAUCAGUUACUAGAACAAUAUCCAAAUCACGCUAGAUGCUUACAGAUCAAGGUGGACGUGUGCUUACUCAACUCGGAUUACGAAACAGCAUUAUCCAUUAUCGACAAACAAAUAGGUCAGGUUUCUCCCGUCCCAAAGGUAUACUUCUUUGUGGUAAAGUGUUAUGCUAACGCAACUCAGUGGUUCUGUCACAAGGGUCGCGCUUUGAAAGGUCUAGGCCGCCGUCGUCUCGCUCUGGAGUAUUUUUUCAAAUGUUUCACCCUAUUUCCCUACUCAGACUGUUUACGUUCGGAAAUCAUGCUGAUUCUGGACGAGGUGAUUACCAAUGCGGAUGUUGCCCAGUGGAAAAACAUAGUUGAGUUGUGUACAACUGAAUCAGCCCCGGUUCUUGACGUACUAACAGUUGAGCUUUUUUGCUUGAAUGUAAAUGGCAUCUGA